AUGUCCCACGAAGAAGAUCUUAUCGAUUACUCCGAUGAGGAGCUUCAAACGACCGAUGCCGCGGCCGCGGCCGCUGCCCCGGCUGCCAAUGGAUCGGCUGCUAAGAAAGGCGACUUGACCGUCACGGGUGCUCGUCCAGACAAGAAGGGUAGUUAUGUUGGCGUCCACUCGACUGGCUUCCGCGAUUUCCUGCUGAAGGCCGAACUUUUACGUGCCAUUACCGACUGCGGUUUCGAACAUCCUUCGGAGGUCCAGCAAGUUUGUAUUCCAACCGCCCUUCUCAAAGUCGAUGUACUCUGCCAGGCAAAAUCUGGUCUCGGUAAAACGGCAGUCUUCGUUUUGACCACUUUGAAUCAUCUGGAGCCUAUUGCCGGUGAAUGCUCGGUUCUUGUCAUGUGCCACACGCGAGAGCUUGCGUAUCAGAUCAAGAACGAAUAUGCCAGAUUCAGCAAAUACCUUCCUGAUGUCAAAACUGCUGUUUUCUACGGCGGUACUCCGAUGCAAAAAGAUAUCGAGACGUUGUCCUCCAAAGAUACCUACCCCAACAUAGUUGUUGCUACUCCUGGUCGACUGAACGCUUUAGUUCGAGAUAAAAAGCUUUCCCUUCGAAAUGUUAAGGCUUUUGUUUUGGAUGAGUGUGAUAAAAUGCUGGAUCAGAUUGACAUGCGUCGUGACGUGCAGGAAAUCUUCCGCGCGACUCCUGCGGAAAAACAAGUCAUGAUGUUCAGUGCCACUCUUUCCCAGGAGAUUAGGCCCAUUUGCAAAAAAUUCAUGCGCAACCCCCUAGAAGUCUAUGUGGAUGAUGAUACUAAAUUGACGCUCCACGGUCUCCAGCAGUACUAUAUUAAAUUAAGCGAGGCUGAAAAGAACCGGAAGCUCAAUGAGCUCUUGGAUAAUCUUGAAUUCAACCAAGUUAUUAUCUUUGUGAAGAGCACCCUUCGUGCGAAUGAAUUAGACAAGCUUCUUCGCGAAUGCAACUUCCCUAGCAUUGCAGUGCACUCCGGUGUUUCGCAGGAGGAACGAAUUAAACGAUACAAGGAGUUUAAAGAAUUCAACAAGCGCAUCUGCGUUGCCACCGACGUUUUUGGCCGUGGUAUCGACAUCGAGCGUAUCAACCUCGCGAUUAACUACGACAUGCCUGCCGACGCAGAUUCGUACUUGCAUCGUGUGGGCCGUGCCGGUCGUUUUGGUACUAAGGGUCUGUCGAUCUCCUUCAUCAGCAGCGAGGAAGACAUGAAGGUCCUUAAGGAUAUCGAGAAGCGAUUCGAGGUUGCCCUGCCUGAUUAUCCUGAAGAGGGUGUCGACGCGGGUACCUAUAUGGCAUGA